AUGUUGAGAGAACAAUGGAUCAGAACUCAAUCCUUGAGAGUCACACAUGAAGCUUUGAGAAAGUGUAACUUAUAUCAUGAACAAGAUGCACAAAAGAACUGCAGACCAUUGGUAUUGAAGUAUAUGAAGAUGAUCGAAAGUUACGGAGUGCAAGGUUACUUGGGCUACCAAAAGAACGAUCCAUCUAAAUAA